AUGUCGCUGGGCAGCCAGAAGCACGGCCACGUCUGUCGGGUGCUGAUGCGGAAAAGUCCCUUCGCUGACGCAGAUGCCUUUGAUCCUGGGCCUGAGACCAUCGCCUUUUUGCGCGACAACAAGGUCCUAGUCAUUGGUGCUGGUGGCUUGGGCUGCGAAAUUCUGAAAGAUUUGGCCUUGUCUGGUUUCAUGGAUAUUCACGUCAUUGACAUGGACACGAUUGAUGUCACGAAUCUGAAUCGGCAGUUCCUCUUCCGCCAAGCAGAUGUUGGCAAGACCAAAGCGGAGGUUGCUGCUGCCUUCAUCAACAAACGUUUGGGUCAUUUAGGGGCGAAGGUCACGGCACACGUUGGGAAGAUUCAGGACUUUGACGAGAGCUUCUACAGGAAGUUCUUCCUUAUCAUUGCGGGGCUUGACAACAUCGCGGCGAGACGAUGGAUGAAUGCCACGCUUCAUGACAUGGUUGAUAGAACUUCAGGAGAGCCUGACCCGAGUACCAUCAUCCCACUGAUUGAUGGUGGCACGGAGGGCUUCAAGGGUCAGGCUCGAGUGAUCAUUCCAACGAUGACCUCGUGCUUCGAUUGUUCACUGGAUGCUUUCCCACCACAGGUAAACUAUCCUUUGUGUACCAUUGCAGAGACUCCGCGUUUGCCGGAGCAUUGCGUGGAGUAUGCCGUGGUGGUUCUAUGGGAGCAAAGAUUCCCUGGGCAGAAGUUGAACAGGGAUUCGCCUGCCGACAUGCAGUGGGUCUUCGAACAAGCGAAGGAUCGUGCAGCCACCUUCGGCAUUCCGGGCGUGACCUAUCAACUGACCAUGGGUGUGGUGAAACGCAUCAUUCCGGCCAUUGCCUCCACAAAUGCACUGAUUGCGGCAGCACUGGUGGUAGAAGCCUUGAAAAUUGCGACAUACUGUGGGCCAGUGCUGAACAACUACAUGAUGUACAUGGGUCAACAAGGUGUGUACACACAUACCUUCCCAUAUCAAAAGAAGGAUGACUGCAUGGUCUGUGGUGGAGCGAAGCUGACGCUGAAUCGUCCCAAGAACUCAACACUCCAAGAGCUCUUGGAACAUCUCGGUGCUCAUCCCAGCUACCAGCUGUCAAGACCUUCGGUGUCAAGCACUAGUGGCAUUGUCUUUAUGCAGAAUCCAAAGGCGAUUCGCGAACAACACGAGUACAAGCUCCAGAUGAGCCUGAAGGAAUUGACACAGGCUGAUCCACCUGUCUUCACGGAAGGCGAAGACUUGAUCGUGGUGGAUCCAUUCCUGGGUCGUGCUCUGAUGAACUUCACCGCGUUCAACCAUCGUUGGCAUAUGCCUUCCAGCAGCUGUGCUGGGCGCGCCAACAUGUGGUACAGCUUCAACGUUGGCCCGGUUCACUUUGUAUCUUUGAACACCGAGACGGACUUUCCUGGGGCAGAGGAAGCCAAAACAGGUGAUGGUCACUUUUCUUGGCUGAAGGCAGGCGGCUUUGGUGCUGAAGGAGAAUAUCUCCGAUGGCUAGAGGCUGAUUUGAAGGCUGCCAGGGAUGCUGGAAAGAAGUGGAUCAUUGCUGGAGGACAUCGUCCCCUGAUGCGGCUUAGUCACUCGGGGAUGAUUGAGUUGCUCGAGAAGUACAAGGUUGACCUCUACUUUGCUGGCCAUGCUCACAAGUAUUGGCGUGAUCCUCCAUCAGCCGAUGUCAAUGCAUCCGCAAAAUUCUACAAGGACCCCAAGGGCUACAUCCAAGUCGUGGCCGGUGGUGCAGGUUGCGAUGAAAUGGCCUUUAAGGUUGCACCACAAUGCCCUGCAGGUGAGGGAACUUGUGUCCGCAGCGAGCAGACUCCAGAUGAAGACCCAGCGAAGACCUCGCAACUCAACCCAGUGCAACUCGACUCAAGGUACGCAACCGAUGUCUAUUCCGUGGGACGUUUGAAUGUGAAAACAUCGGCGUUGCAUUUUGAACUGAUCGAUUCCAAGCAUGGCCAGCUUCUGGUCCUGCCGGCUGUUCGCGGGUCGCCCAUGUUCCAGCAAUGGAGCACGUUGGGGGAAUUCCGCACCGUUAGCGAUGUCCUGAGCAAUGUGGGACUUAGCGAUGAGGCUUGGGAAGGCUGGCUACGACACAUCGGUCCCCUUGGCGAUGACUUGAGGAUCUUGGCCUCUCUGCCAGCAGUGGCAGUUGUGGCCGCAGUUGGACAGGCUGUGAAAGCCAAUGGCGAUGCACUCAACCCAGUUGAGGCGACCCAAGUGGGGCUGGCUUGGCGAACGGCGAGGAGAGUCCUUGCAAUGACGUCAGGCAUGGACGAGGCACAGUUCGUGGAUGUUGACCCGUGGGCUCCUACGGUAUCGGGGGCACUUCCACCAGUGGCUAAGCCGGCAGCUUCGGGAGUCAAAGAACAUGUACUUAAGAUGGCAGCACUGGUGGACCAAAGUGACGAGUCGGAGCUGAUGCCUCCAACAAUGGAGGAGGUGCAUACGUGGACACAGAACUUUGUGUUGGUGAUGGGAGCGAUGCCAGAUGAUGUCGAAGAACCGACACCAAACCAACUUGCAGCUCUUAACAAGCGGGUGGUGAAGUUGCUGGCGGCGCCAUACGUGGAUUUUGCCGUGUGGUCACCGUUUGAGAGGAGAGCUUCAAAGACCCAUAGGUUCAGAGUGUUCACACCCUUGGGAAAUGGACAAUUCCUACAAAGGGAUUUACCAGGGCCCGGAAACUUCAUGGCGUGGUCAUCGAGCUGGAGGGUCUUCAGGGCGGCAGCGAUCAUGCUGAAGAUCUGCAGCUUGGCGGCGUUGGAAGCCUAUUACAGGCACGUUGAAAGGCUGGUGACGCAGUGGCCUCAAUGCUGGGGCUUGAUCUACAGUGCGGAUGACACCGCAAGAGCAGAGAAACUGGAGAAGUGGCGCAGGCAUUGGACAUUAGAACAAAGUAGGGGCCGUCAAAUACCUGGAGACUGGGAUGCAAAUGAUCCUUGGUCUUGCAUUUUUCACUCCCUGAUUGGGGAUGAGAAGUACUGGUCAGAGAAGGUCCACAUUCCAGCCGCGGCGUGGCUUGCUUCUGGAGGCAGAGGAGUCCCUGUGGUGGCUGGUGAGGCAGCAGUGACAUCGCAGUUCCCGGGGUUGAGAGAAGAUUCGGAGGAUGACAGACCAGCCGUCUCAAGAGAGGCAAAGCGUGAGAAGAGGAUCAGAAAACGUCGCAAAGUUCAGGCUGAUCUUCAGGAGUUAAAGCACCUCAAGGCGGCCAAUGAGAAAGCAUCUGACAGAAGCAACUUCCAACCGAAAGGAAAGGGAAAAUCCAAGAGCAAGGACCAGAGCGGAGCCCCUAUCUGCUUUAGCUGGGCAGCAAACCAAGGCAGCUGUGCCAACGUUCCACCGGGAGGUGAAUGCAAGGGCUCGAUAAAACGAGCACACAAGUGCCGAAAGUGUUUGAGCCCGUCUCACCAAGACAAGGACUGCAAAGCAUGA